CCCUUGGUUUUCAAUUUAAACCACCAUUAUUCUGACGUUACCAGUCAAAAAUCCAUUUCUCAAUCAACACAACAAUGUCAUCCUACGGCAACAGAGCAACUUAUUCUCCUUCAGCACCACCUCUCUCCGACCCAAACGAGCCCCCAGUAGCCCAUCCCUAUCAUCCUCCUCCUUCUUCUUCUUCGGGAAAUUACCCAAAUUACCCUCUGUCUCAACAGCCACAUCCACAGAGUAGUGGUUAUGGAUAUGGGCCUCCAACUUCUUCUUCUUAUGGAUAUAAUCAUUACCAGCAGGCGCAGCCCACUGCAACUUCAAAUUAUGCUGUUUUUUUCCACCAGGGACUGACCCACAAGUUAUUCAGAGCUUCCAGAUGGUGGACAGGGAUCAAAGUGGCUUUGUUGAAGAGAAGGAGUUACAAGAGGCUCUUUCUUCGGGUUACCAAAGAUUUAGUCUUAGGACUAUUCGUUUGCUCAUUUUUCUCUUCAAAAAUGCCUCUGACCAGUUCCCACGCAUUGGACCAAAGGAAUUUGCUGCACUAUGGAGUUGUCUUGGUCAAUGGAGGGUACACAGUUCAAUUGCUUUCUACUAUAGGUUUUUAUUUAAGUAUUAACAGUCAAGAAAUUAGAGUAUCAAAACCUCUAUCAGGAAAAAAAAGAUAUCAGAAAUGGAGGUUGACAUGAGGAGUAGCAGGCUGUAGAGGAUGGAGGGGUGGGAGGGUAUUGAGGAAGGGGGGAGGGGGGGGAGAGAAUGAUACUAAAUAAAUUAUAUGCAGCCCAAUAAGUCCUUGGCCUGAGGUAAUUUUCUAGGAUUUUAGGAAGUGAUUAGUAAAUAUUUUGGACAAUUUGGAGAGAAAGAAAUUAUAGGUGUUUUGAGAAUAGAUAUUCAUCUCUACCAUGCGUAAAAUUUAAAGCUUUACAGUUCUCCUACUCAUAGUGUAACUUGAGAGGUCGUUUGGUACGCGGACUCAAUGUUGUGAAGAGUGUGUGAAGCGCGGAAAAGUGACAAGCCCCUUUUCGCUUAAUGCGAGAAGCGAAGCGCUCACUUUUUUGAAGUGAAGCGGAAUUUUAAAAAAAUAGUAUUAAAAUAAAUACUGCAUAGACAACACAUGUAACUGUAAGCAAAUAUUCAAUGCUUCAAUGUAAAAACUAAAGAGUAACAUCAAUUAAAGCACAAAAUGAGCAUCCUAUUCUUCUA